AGUCGGAGCUUCCCCGCGAGUCUACCUUGGUAACCAGCAGCAACACGAAAGGUUACCUUUAAUUUCACUACUGAACGAUUCACGUUACCACCUUUUUUGUCGCGUAAACUCAAAAUCAACAAACAUGAAGCUCGUCAGGUUUCUCAUGAAGUGCCAGAAUGAGACGGUCACGGUUGAGCUCAAGAACGGCACGAUUGUAAAUGGAACUAUUACCUCCGUCUCACCUCUCAUGAACGUCGCGCUCCGAGCGGUCAAGUACACGCCCAAGUCUCGGGAUACCGUAGCCCUUGAUACAAUGACUGUCCGCGGUUCAACGAUUCGCUACAUCAUACUUCCCGACUCAUUACCUCUCGACACACUUCUCAUUGACGAUGCGCCGAAGCCCAAGAACAAAGCAAGGAAAGAAGUUGCUGGUGGUGACCGUGGCGGAAGGGGCGGUGGCCGUGGAGGUGGCCGAGGACGUGGAGGCGGUCGCGGAAGGGGCGGCGGUGGUAGGGGACGUGGACGAGGCUUCUAGGGCUGAGGAAGAAUAUCAGGAUGCAAGAGACGCAAUGACGCAAGAGUGUUGGGACAAAGAUUGCAGCACGAUCAAAAUCAGCGCAAGCGGAAUCUGGGGUACCCAGAACAUGGGCGAGUGGCCCACACAGGAUGCCAGAAUGAAGCGCGACAAGAUGGCUAUUGGAUCGGCGAUGAUUGUACAGAUGGUAUAGCAUGCACGGCGUUUGGCAGUUCAGGAUUGGUGCAGAAAGCAGCACCUCGAAAGAAGAAUGAUACCACUUUGAAACGUA